UCGGCGGCCGGGACGCGGGGACGGCAGCGGCUGCAGCGUCGCGGGCAUGGACGCCCGGCUGGAGCUGGAGACGACCCGGUGGCUGCUCUGGGACAAGAAUCCUUUGACUUUGGAGUUAGUGAAACGACUGAUAGCGGAAGGUAAUACAGAGGAACUACAGAAAUGUUUCGGGGCCCGAAUGGAGUUUGGGACAGCAGGCCUUCGAGCUGCUAUGGGAGCAGGCAUUUCUCGUAUGAAUGACUUGACCAUCAUCCAGACCACACAGGGAUUUUGCAGAUACCUGGAAAAACAGUUCAGUGACCUGAAGCAGAGAGGCAUCGUGAUCAGUUUUGAUGCUCGAGCUCAUCCAUCCAGCGGAGGCAGCAGCAGAAGGUUUGCCCGACUUGCUGCAACCACAUUUAUCAGUCGGGGGAUUCCCGUACACCUCUUUAACGACAUAACCCCAACCCCCUUUGUGCCCUAUGCAGUAUCACAUUUGAAACUUUGUGCUGGAAUCAUGAUAACUGCCUCGCACAAUCCAAAGCAGGAUAAUGGCUAUAAGGUCUAUUGGGAUAAUGGAGCUCAGAUCAUCUCUCCUCACGAUAAAGGGAUUUCUCAAGCUAUUGAAGAAAAUCUAGAGCCGUGGCCUCAAGCUUGGGACGAUUCUUUCAUUGACGGCAGUCCGCUUCUUCACAACCCGAGUGCUUCUGUCAGCAAAGACUACUUUGAAGACCUUACAAAAUACUGUUUCCACAGGAGCGUGAACAGGGAGAGCCAGGUGAAGUUUGUGCACACCUCUGUCCACGGGGUGGGUCAUGACUUCGUGCAGUCGGCUUUCAAGGCUUUUGACCUUGUUCCUCCCGAGGCUGUCGCUGAACAGAAAGAUCCUGAUCCUGAGUUUCCAACGGUGAAAUACCCGAAUCCCGAAGAGGGUAAAGGUGUCUUGACUUUAUCUUUUGCUUUGGCUGAGAAGACCAAGGCCAAAAUUGUUUUAGCGAAUGACCCAGAUGCUGAUAGACUUGCUGUGGCAGAAAAGCAAAACAGGGGUGAAUGGAGAGUGUUUUCAGGCAACGAGUUGGGGGCCCUCCUGGGUUGGUGGCUCUUUACUUCUUGGAAAGAAAAGAACCAGGAUCGCAAUGGCCUCAAAGACGCAUACAUGUUGUCCAGCACCGUCUCCUCCAAAAUCUUGCGGGCCAUUGCCUUAAAGGAGGGUUUUCAUUUUGAGGAAACAUUAACUGGCUUUAAGUGGAUGGGAAACAGAGCCAAACAGCUAAUAGACCAGGGGAAAACUGUCUUAUUUGCAUUUGAAGAAGCUAUUGGAUACAUGUGCUGCCCUUUCGUUCUGGACAAAGACGGGGUCAGUGCCGCUGUCAUAAGCGCAGAGCUGGCUAGCUUUCUAGCAAGCAAGAAUCUGUCUUUGUCUCAGCAGCUGAAGGCCAUCUAUGUGGAGUAUGGCUACCAUAUUACCAAAGCUUCCUAUUUUAUCUGCCAUGAUCAAGACAUCAUUAAAAAAUUAUUUGAAAACCUCAGAAACUGUGAUGGAAAAAAUAAUUAUCCAAAAACUUGUGGCAAAUUUGAAAUUUCUUCCAUUAGGGACCUUACAACUGGCUAUGAUGAUAGCCAACCUGAUAAAAAAGCUGUUCUUCCUACUAGUAAAAGCAGCCAAAUGAUCACCUUUACCUUUGUUAAUGGAGGCGUGGCCACCAUGCGGACCAGCGGGACAGAGCCCAAGAUCAAAUACUAUGCAGAGCUGUGUGCCCCUCCUGGAAAGAGUGAUCCUGAGCAGCUGAAGAAGGAACUGAAUGAACUAGUCAAUGCUAUCGAAGUACAUUUUUUCCAGCCACAGAAGUAUAAUCUGCAGCCAAAAGCCGAGUGAAAUAUUCCAGCCUUGGGCAUAGUCACAGUAACCAACAGUUAAGCUGAGUGUGAUUUGUGAAGCACUAUUUUUGUGGGCCAUAUGAUUCAAAUUAUCACUCUCAAUAUUUAUAGUUUUAAGAAAAGUCUGCGUUCCUCAUUGUUUCGUGUUUGAACUUUAAGGUGAA